AUGACUCUCCGACUCGCCCCUUACAAUGACGCGAUGCGUCUGGGUCAAGGAUUCAACUCCUACACCCACGAAUUGUGCAUUGAUCAGGCUGUCAAGGUCAAGCAGCGAAAGAAUGUUGAAUCAAAGGGCGAAACAUCCCAGGUCGUUUCGUACUCGGCUCGUUUUGUGGAGAAACUCAGCGAUGUCGUUGAGACCAUGAAUGUAUCUUACAGUUCCGCGAUCAAGAAGGGUACCAUUGAGAUUAGUGGUAACUCCAGCACGGUCGACGAGACAACUUUCAAGUCGUCGCAUUUGAACGCAGUUGUGGCUGUCAAGGUUGUGAAUCAAACUAUCUCUACAGAGGAUGAGUGUGAGUUCCAGCAGCUUGAGAACAACGAAGCGGCCAUGUACUCCCGCUUCAACGAGAUCUAUGGCGACUCGUAUAUUUCCGGGUUCAUCGAGGGUGGAGAUUUCACGGGUAUUGUAUCCAUCAAAGUCUUGGAUGGCCAUGACGUGAAGAGCGCAGUAGAGGCCAUCAAAUCAGGUCUAAACAUGAACAGCAAGACCGAAGUUGAAGAGUUUGUUCUGGGUCCAUCUGACAACUCUAGUCGAUCAACUCUCGCGACCGCUCUCAAAGACACCGAGACCACCAUAUCCAUUAGCUGGAUAGGCGGCGCUCAAAUCAAAGAUGCGUCCCGCGCCUGGGAUAUCGACUCCAUGUACGAGGCAGCGGCUGCAUUCCCAGCAGCAGUGGCCCAGUGUCCCCAGCGCACUUGGGCCAUCCUGACCCCGUACAAGGCGAACAGGUCCUUCGUCAAAUGGAGUACCGGAUCACCUGUCAAAGCAUUGCAGUAUGACUUGAUUGCCAGUUUCACCGCGGAGUUGUUUGACAGCUUCAUGGACUACAAGAUGCUUCUCAAGGAUGUCCAGAACAUCAUCAGUAACCGCAAGGACUACCGUCAGCGAAUUGGCGUGGUUGAUGCCAUUGAUACUAAUUUGAAGACUCUGUUAAGUGUUCGUGGGGCUCUUCGAGAUGAGCAGACAAAGAUUGUUGAAGCGAUUGGCGUUUUGAGCAAAGACCCUUCCGUGCUUAAACGACAGGGCGCGUGGUCUACUACAAACAGGGUUCCUCUCGUCAAGCAGAUCAUUGAGAAGGCUUUGGGACAUGCAGCCAAUUGGGAGCCGAAACUAUUGGCAGUCAAGCCAGCAUCUGCUCAGGACCCAGUACAGAGUGGUUCGGUUGAUACUCAGGUGACCGCAACAGCUGCAUCCGACCUUAGCAAGCCGGUGGUUGAGUUCAACUUUGAUACCCUGAUGCCACCAGAGGUGUGGGAGGACUUGCUACCAGAACCAAUUGAGCCUCCCAAGUAUGGACAGGUCAAUGUUAUGCCCCAGCCAGCUCACCCGAACAGCCUCUUGAGCCAGCUCAUGCCACCUCCAGAUGGUUCAUCCGGACCAGGCGUCGUGGUAUCCCAAUCCUACGAUGCCAUGCAACGCGAGCUGGAAUCCUUCAGAAAGGAGAAACUUGCCGCCGAAAAGCUCGCAGCAGAUGCCGAAGCUGCGCGUGAAAAGCAAGCGCGCGAAUACGCAGCACUGAACGCACAAUACGCGCAGUACAAGGCUGACGCUGAGAGAACCCAAACAUCCCAAGCGUCUCAGAUCAGCGAAAAGACAUCAAUGAUUGAGACCAAAGAGGCAGAAAUCCAGCGUCAAAAGGCUGCGCAUUCUCAAGUUCUUACGGAGCGUGAUGAGGCCCAAGCCAGAGAUAACCAGAAGCAAAAUGAGAUCAACGCUCUAAAGGAGUGCGCCCUCGAUGGCUUGACUGCCAAGAAGAUAACAGUCAUUACCAUCACGUACGGUAACAGAGUUUACUACGAGCUUGGAUGGACUACCGACUCGUUUAACCUCGUACCCAAGGUGGAGCAAAUGAUUGCUUCUAGAGGCAGUUUUGUCAUCAAUGAUCCCUGGUUUGGACAUGAUCCUCUCCCUGGACUGCAGAAGCAGUGUACUAUCACGUAUCGCUUUAACACUCCUGGUCAGUCGAGAAGAAUCAGGACGAUGUGUGGUAAGCAGCACGAUACUGGUAGGUUCGACGCUCUUUAA